AUGGCAUCACUUGCGGGAAAGAUCGUCACAAUUACUGGUGCUGCAAGUGGGAUAGGCCUUGCCACCGCUCGCCUACUGGCUGAACGCGGUGCUAAGUUAUCGCUAGCUGAUGUGAACGGGGAAAGACUUGACGAAGCCUUGAAAAGUCUCGCCGGAGAGGGCCACAUUGCCACAGUUGUCGAUGUCAGGAAGCCUGAACAAGUAAAUGCUUGGAUUGAAAAAUCGGUCCAGACCUUCGGGCACAUCAAUGGGGCAGCCAAUGUCGCCGGUAUUGAGCAUGAAGGCGGUCGCCACUUUGCUGAUGCGAGGGACGAGGACUGGGAACUAGUCAUGGGUGUAAACUGUUCCGGCGUGUUCUACUCCAUGCGGGCCCAGCUACGCGCCAUGAUGAAAGCUGGAGGCUCCAUUGUCAAUGUAUCGUCUGUCGCAGGUUUUCUGGGUCUCGCAGAUUUCACUUGCUACAAUGCUAGCAAAUGGGCAGUCAUUGGCUUGACGAGGACCGCAGCUCGCGAGUACGGACGCUAUAAUAUCCGUUCAAAUGCUGUGGCUCCAGGAGUGAUUGCAACUCCUCUGGUGAAAGCGAUGGAAACUGGCCAUCGAAAUGGAAAGGUUACCACAAGUAUGCAGGCGCUAGAUCGGCAAGCGGACCCCGUUGAAGUCGCCAAUGUGAUCGCAUUCCUUCUUAGCGACGAAGCAUCAUUCGUAACGGGUGCAACUUACAAGGUUGAUGGCGAAUUUGAAGAGCUUGCUGCAGAGCUCACUCAGCCUACCAAAGAAGAUCUACUCGACCUGGCAAGCCGACGGUCUUUCUUCCGCAAGAACAGGCUUCAUCCCUUCUUUCUCAGAUUAUGCGAUGCAACAAAACCAGAUCCUACCUCUCGGUCCUCCGAAAUGGCCAUCUCCGACCUCCUCGACAUUCUCUUGAGCAGUGUGAGUGCCAUAUGGGGUUUGUAA